AUGACGAACGGCGUGGUCUUUUACAGCGACCAUCUUAGUGGCAAUUCUGAGCGUUUUGUGCCGGAGCUGGCAGCCGCUGGAUUCCCGCUUUGUGCUGGCGCGGUCGUUUCGCGCAGUUUGUCUUCAUUGGGCCUCUCUGAUGGCGAGCGCCGCCGGGCGGCUGCACCGUGGGCCGCGUUGCUCUUGGCACGGGCGUACGCCCGCCCGCCCGCGCCGCGUCUUGUUCAAUGUCAAGAGUGGGUGGGUGGAGGAGGUUGCCCGGAGGUAAUGGUGAUGGCAGCAAAGACGGCAGCAGUGGCGACAUCUGCUGCGGACAAAGGGGGAAGUAAGGAAGCGGAGAAAAGAAAGAAGAACCAAGACGGUGAUGGAAGUGAAAGCGGAUACGGCAGCGGUGAUGACUACACCUGCGGGCGAAGAGGAAGAAAGCAGGGAGGUGAAGAAAUGAAAGAAAUACCAAGAGGAUAUGAUAAUGGUGAAAUGGGCAAUCAUAACGGACGCGGCUACGGCGGAGGAAGCGAUAAUGGUAGACGCGGUGGUAGAGGUUGGGGCAAUGGUGGUGAUGGCAGCGGGUAUUGCAGCGGUGGAGGAUAUGGUGCCAUGGCGGAGCAUCGCUUAUUCCAGCAGUCGAUUAGAGACGACGCUCCCACAUUUUCAUACGCCUCACGCGCGGGAGGGAUCCAGGUGGUGGCGAAGUUCUUACGCAGCAAGGAUGGACCAGGCACAGUCUGCAGCGGACCUUCCAAAGAUAAGGUUUGGUUUGUGCGUGCUCUCCUCAUCGAGUUAAUUUAA